AUGGUUCCCUCUUGCAAGACUUGUUGUGCUUCUUUUGGUUUGAUUGUAGCGGUUUUGUGCAUAGUUAUAACAUUAAGAACACUUACUCUUUUUGUUAGAACAGACGACAUUAUUGAUUGUAAAAUAUCAGAUGAUGAUUUUAUAAAAGUUGAUGAGACAAGAAAGGAGAGAUUUAGAAAUGGCUUGAGAAUUCCUACAAUAUCUCAUGAUAUAGGCGAUUAUGAUACUGAUGCAUUAAUUGCACUACAGAAACUAAUUCAGACAGAAUAUAGGUUGGUCCAUUCAUCACCAAUUGUAACACUGGAGAUAGUAGGAAACUAUAGUUUACUGUACACCGUUCAAGGUACAAAUAGUAGUUUAACACCCUAUCUACUAGCUAGUCAUCUAGAUGUGGUACCUGUUAAACUAGACUCUUGGGAUUAUCCCCCUUUUGGAGCAGACAUCCAUGAUGGCUUUAUUUAUGCUAGAGGUACUAUUGAUGUUAAACUUGGAGUGUUUGGAAUCUUAGAAUCCUUAGAAUAUUUAUUAUCUAAAGGAUUUCAACCAUCAAGAACAUUUUACAUUGCAUUUGGGCAUGAUGAAGAGGUUUCUGGUUAUGAUGGAGCUAGAUCUUUAUCUAACAGAUUAAAGGAUAAAGGAUUAACAAGAUUAGAGUUUUUAUUAGAUGAAGGAUUAAAUGUAAUUAAAGGAUUAGUACCAGGAAUUUCAAAACCAGUAGCAUUAGUUGGAACAGCAGAGAAAGGUCAAGUGGUGUUAAGGUUAAAGGUUGAAGGUCAAACUGGACAUUCAUCUAUGCCAACAAAAGAAAAUGCCUUAACCAUAUUAGCCAGCGCAAUAUAUAGAUUAGAAAGAAAUCCUCAUCCCAGUAUGUUUGGUUAUGGACCAGAAAAGGACAUGUUUGUUCAUCUUUCAUCACAUAUGAGUUUUCCUAUGAGAGUUAUCUGUUCUAAUUUAUGGUUAUUUGGACCCCUUGUUGCAAAGUUUUUAAGUACCAAGCCAUCCACCAAUGCUGUAGUUAGAACUGUUACAUCAGUCACUAUGUUUCAUAUACAAGAGAUAAGCUGUAGCUAUAUAUAUUAUAUACCCAGCACAAACUAUACAAGAGCAAUAUAUAUUAUACAUUCAGUACAAACUAUACAAGAGGUAAGCUUGGCUAUUGAAGGUGGGCAUAUACACCCUUUCAUAAAACCUGAUACCUCUGUUCAACUGAGAUUGUCAGCUGACAUUCCCUUCAGAGAGAUUACACAUAUUGUUCUAGUAAAUCUAUAUAUUUCAGGUGUAAUGAUAGGUAAUACAGAUACAAACCAUUACUCUAGAUUUACCACAAAUAUUUAUAGAUUUACACCAUCAUUUAUGUAUCCAGAAGAUCUCUCUAGAUUUCAUGGUAAUAAUGAAAGAAUAUCUAUCAGGAACUACGAGCAAGCUAUCAACUUUUAUUAUCAUCUCAUUAAGAAUGUAGAGAAAGGUUUAAUGACUUUACAUAAACAUGGUGAAGAACUAUAG